GACAAGAGGGGUGCUCCUUGAGGGUCCUUGUCCCUGUACCAGGGCCCCUCAGAUACAUGAGCCUCCACCUCCGGUUUCUCAAGUCCUCCAGUCCGCAGCAUCUCCUCGAUCGUGCUCGUGGCACUGACUGUGACCAGGAAUCUGCCUGCUCUGCUCCUGCCCAGCUCAUGGCCGCUGACGAGCGUGGUCACUUCCCAGCAAAGGAGACGAUGGUGGACAUCGACAUGAAGGCCAAGCCCUUGCAGCCUCACUGGUACGAGCGCUACGUCCAGCCCUGCGUGGCGGAGCUGCUGGGCAGCGCGCUCUUCAUCUUCAUCGGCUGCCUCUCCGUGGUCGAGGACACGGAGGGCACGGGGAGGCUGCAGCCCGCCCUGGCACACGGGCUGGCCCUGGGGCUCACCAUCGCCAUCCUGGGGGACAUCAGCGGAGGCCACUUCAACCCUGCCGUGUCCUUGUGCGUGUGGCUGGUCGGUGGGCUGAACAUCAUGAUGCUCAUUCCUUACUGGCUUUCCCAGCUCUGCGGAGGGAUGAUAGGAGCCGGUCUGGCAAAGGCCGUGGCGGCGACUGAGCGGUACGUGAAUGCCAGCGGAGGAGCCUUCAGCAGCAUCAUGGCCGACGAGCAGAUCCCCUCCGUCCUCGUGGGCGAGAUUGUCAUGACCGCCUUCCUGGUCCUCGCGGUCUGCAUGGGCGCCGUCAAUGGGAAGACCAAGACCCCGCUGGCACCUUUCUGCAUCGGCUUCACGGUCACGGUCAACAUCCUGGCGGGAGGUGGCGUGUCCGGAGCCUGCAUGAAUCCUGCCAGAGCCUUCGGGCCAGCUCUGGUAGCAAACUACUGGGACUAUCACUGGGUUUACUGGGUAGGGCCCACGGUUGCUGCCCUCCUUGUCGGUUUGCUGGUGAGGUACGUGAUGCCCGGAGCGGGAAGGAGAGCGGAGCCAAACAGGCUGACCCCCCCUUCCCACCCUGCCACCUCCCCGGUGGGCUCUGCCCUACUCGCUGCCCGGCUGCUUCCCUGCUCCCUGGGUCAGGGCUGCAAGUAGCCA